ACUUGCUUUCAGGCCAGCUCGCUGGCAUUUGAGAGAAUGUGUCAUUGCAUUUAUUCAGGGGGAGGUGGGGGGAAGGUUAGAGACAAGGAAGCAGAGGUAGGGUGAGAGCAGGGACUCAGCACACACAGGGCAGGGGACUCGUGGGGGAUGUUAGCGUGCCUGUGCACAGUGCUCUGGCACCUCCCUGCAGUGCCAGCUCUCAAUCGCACAGGGGACCCAGGGCCUGGUCCUUCCAUCCAGAAAACCUAUGACCUCACGCGCUACCUGGAGCACCAACUCCGCAGCUUGGCUGGCACCUACCUGAACUACCUGGGACCCCCUUUCAACGAGCCUGACUUCAACCCACCUCGGCUGGGGGCAGAGACUCUGCCCAGGGCCACUGUCAACUUGGAAGUGUGGAGAAGCCUCAAUGACAAACUGAGGCUGACCCAGAAUUAUGAGGCCUACAGCCACCUUCUGUGUUACUUGCGUGGCCUCAACCGGCAGGCUGCCACCGCCGAGCUGCGCCGCAGUCUGGCCCACUUCUGUACCAGCCUCCAGGGCCUACUAGGCAGCAUUGCAGGUGUCAUGGCAGCUCUGGGCUACCCACUGCCCCAGCCUUUGCCUGGGAAUGAGCCCACUUGGACCCCCGGCCCUGCCCACAGUGACUUCCUCCAGAAGAUGGACGACUUCUGGCUGCUGAAGGAGUUGCAGACCUGGCUGUGGCGCUCAGCCAAGGACUUCAACCGGCUCAAGAAGAGGAUGCAGCCUUCAGCAGCCGCGGUCACCCUGCAUCUGGAGGCCCACGGUUUCUGAUCUCUGACCUUUACCAGCUCCUCUUUGCUCCUCAUUCAAACGCUGUUUCCACUCUAGGAGGAGAACCCUGUAUGCCAACACUUGUUGAGCCAGGAGACAGAAGCCACAAGCCUCUGGCCCUCCCCUGGACUUGGAUGGGGGUGUGAUGCAAUAAGAGGUGUGACAGGCCCCACCCUAUUUCCACAGAGAGUGAUGCUCAAGGGAGUCCAAAGUGGCUCAAGUUGGUGCAAAGGCUAUCACAGCCUCCUGCCUGCUGCCUACCAGUAGGUCAGUACCCACCCAGUUGUACCUGGAGGACAGGGAGGAGGGCCCCCAUAGCACGUGCCUUUCUGGGGUGAAGCCCUUUGGCUACACCACUCUUCUUGGAUAGGGGUUGCUGCUCCACCCACAAAUAACUCUACACAUCCAAUUCAGGAAACAAACAUGGUGGCAAGUCUAAACAAAG